AAGAAUGGAAGAGAAACUUUUUUUGAAGGAGGCUACCGUUGCUGGGCCUGCGGUUUGUAGGCUGGUCCGGUGGAUAACCCACAUUCGCCUCGAUAACUUCCACACUGCACGCCCUCUCCACCCAAAUGUUAGUUGCAUGCCCGCUGGUCGUCUUUAAAUACUUGUUAUGACCACCUUGUUAUAUAUUCCCGCUCUUCAUCUACACAAAACCCUAAAACCCGAAGCAAGUGAAGCCAAAAAAAUCUAGUAUAGUUGCUUCUUUUUUUGCUGUUUUUGGGUUCAACAACUGAAUUGACAAAACGGGUCUUCCUGUGUGGAUGCUUGGGUUGGGUGUGGAUCGGUUGCGGGCCGACAUGAAUCGUUUGCUGGCCUUACUCUUCCACCAGGGAGUAUUGGAUGAGCAGUUCUUGCAGCUUCAGCAGCUACAAGAUGAGAGCUCCCCGAACUUUGUCUCCGAGGUUGUUAACAUCUACUUCCAUGAGUCGGAAAAGCUCUUAAAAAACCUCAGAGGAUUCUUGAUGGAGAGGGAGUUUUCGGACUACAAGAAAAUGGGAAUCCAUUUGAAUCAGUUUAUGGGAAGCAGCUCCAGCAUCGGCGCCAAGAGAGUCAGAAACGUUUGCGUCGCUUUUCGCGCCGCUUCUGAACAGAACAACCGUGCCGGGUGUUUGAGAGCUUUGGAGCUGCUAGAACAUGAGUAUUGCUACCUGAAAAACAAAUUGCACGAACUGUUCCAAAUACAACAGCAGAGAGUUUUGGCAGCCGGAGUUAUAUACCCGAUGCACAACUAAUAACUGGUGGGCAUUUGAGUGGCGCCCUGCUGUUUGAUGCGGACUGUGAAUUCCUGGCUGGCUGUCAUUUUCCUACCGCCUCCUCUAACUUCUCUAAUAGAGUUGUUUGUACGUUUUAAAUAAUAAUAAUAAUAAUA